GGUCAGCCGCCGCAUGUGCGAAAGAGUCGGAUUGAUCGACGUUUUUGCGUGUAUAAGUGGCAUCCUCCGUACAUGUUACGGGCUCUCGCGGCCGGCGCGCGACGUUGUAUUCGCACGAUGUCCGCUGCCACGACGCAGAAGCCGGAGGUGGUGUUCAUCCUGGGCGGCCCGGGCGCCGGCAAGGGCACGCUCUGCCGCUACAUCGUCGAGCGUUACGGUUAUGCCCACCUGUCAGCCGGCGACCUGCUGCGCGAGGAACGCGCCAAGCCGGGCUCGGAGUAUGGCGAGCUCAUCGAGACGCACAUCCGGAGCGGCACCAUCGUCCCCGUGGAGAUCACCUGCAGCCUCAUCGACCGCUCCAUGCAGACGUCCAAGAACCCGCACUGCCGCUUCCUCAUCGACGGCUUUCCCAGGAAUCAGGAUAACCUCGACGGCUGGAACCGGGUGAUGUCGGACAAAGUCAUCCUGAAGGGCGUAAUAUUCUGCGAAUGCAGCCAGGAGGUGUGCUCUCGGCGUUGCCUGAAUCGCGGUGCCAGCGGAAGCGGCCGCAGCGACGACAAUGAAGAGUCCUUGGUCUUUCGUCAUCAGACUUAUCUGGAAAACACCUUACCGAUAAUAGAAAUGUACGAGCGGCAGGGCUUAAUUUAUAAGGUUAAUUCUAUGGAAACGCCGGAGAAGGUGUUUCAGGACGUCGCGGAGAACUUCUUUCCUAAGAUAGGAUGUCACCGACGUUGGACGAGGCUGUAUCUCCGAUGUGGGCCUCACGAAAGUUCGUUCACGUUACAUUUUUCGACUACAGCGUCGAGAAAGUCGAAUACUGGUCAAUGUCCCGACGAGCAAUCGCAUAUUACGUAGAGGGGACUACAUUUACAGCAGCCGGGGGCGAAUUUCUUCACGACACGGUGCCCGGUAGAAAUUCGUACGGCGGCUUCCACGAGAAAUUCCACA